ACGCAUAUAUAAAGGCGGUUACAGCAAGUUUCGUCCAGCGUCUAUCUCCCAUUUGAACUAUCUUAUUCACCUUGCUUACCGUUUGACCCACUUAACCCCAAUGGGCAUAGAUGACUGCAUUACUACCCAUCAUGACUGAAACCACUGUUGGCCAUCUGUCGACCAAAAAGAUAGAUCGAUUUGCUAUUCAAUCUUCGCAGGCCAGAAAUCGAUUCAAAGUUGACGAGACUGAACAGCGAGAGAACGAGUACGCGUACGAUGAGAUGGCCGAACUUUCAGACUCACCAUCAUCAGUACACACCUCUUCUCGCCCUGUAACUCCAUCCCACCCACCCCCCUUCCCUCUUCAUAUCUCAACCCAGGAUACUCCCGAAACUGAAAUAUUCAAGCUCGCCGACAAAGCCGAGAAAAUCCUGGGUCUAACACCCGGUACGCUUGCUUAUGCUCGAGCUUGCCUCGAAAACGCUCGCGAUAAAGUUCGCUGUAUGGCUUUGUUGCCAUCUCCGGAACCUUUAUCCAUCAUCUCGAAGGAUGGCAAGCUAUCACAUCUUGAUAUGGGUCGAGGAGGUAUCAAGGAGAAGAUGCAAACGAGAGCAAGAAAGGCGGUAAGUAUCACUGGAUUGAGACUGCUGGAUCACCAGAGGAUCGCAAGUGUCGUGCUGGGUGCAGGAGGCAAUGAAGAGGAACAACAACGGCUGAAAAGAAGAAGAGCUGCUGAUAGUGUCCUGUACUGGCAAGAAGAAGUUGCACGACUGGAAGAUUUGGAUAAGAGAGCUCGGGAGUAAAAAAAAAGCGCGGAGUUAAUAAAUUUGUCAAGCAUCACAAGCCGAUAGCCAUCUGUUAGUUAGCACCUAUUCCCUAUGAUUAGCACUUCAAAAUACGAUCGUGAUAUUCUUUCUGCCUUCCUUCUCUUUGAAUGUUUAUCUUCCCAACGAGAUCUUGCGAUAACCUCAAAGGAUCCCAUAAUAACAUGAUAUGCAUCUCUAUUCUUCUUGUAGUCCGUAUCAGCGUUGUGACUUGCAACUCGCAUUUCUACCGCUGACUUACUUGGUACACUUCUAUGCAGGUGGGUAGUGUCCUGCCCA